AUGUCCGGACGAGGAAAAGGAGGCAAGGGACUCGGAAAGGGAGGCGCCAAGCGUCACCGAAAGGUCCUUCGUGAUAACAUCCAGGGAAUCACCAAGCCCGCCAUUCGACGACUUGCUCGACGAGGUGGUGUCAAGCGAAUCUCCGGCUUGAUCUACGAAGAGACCCGAGGUGUCCUCAAGGUCUUCCUCGAGAACGUCAUCCGUGAUGCUGUCACCUACACCGAACACGCCAAGCGAAAGACUGUCACCGCUCUCGACGUCGUCUACGCUCUCAAGCGACAGGGCCGAACCCUCUACGGUUUCGGUGGAUAA